AUGUCGCUCUCCCAGGCCCGUGAGGCCCUGGGCUUGAGUGCCGGCUGCAGCUGCCAGCAGCUGAUGAGCGCCUAUUUUCAGCGAGCUCUGCCGUUCCAUCCUGACAUCGCGCGAGCCGCGAAGGCACCGCAGCGCUUCUGGAAAUUGUCACAGGCAUACUGGCGCCUGGCGGUCGAUCUGGAAGUCGAGCAUGAGGAGUUCACCGAGCGCGGCAUCCGAGAGCUUUGGGUCCGGAACUUUGUGUUCGAGGGCCUGCCGGAGCUGGUGGCCGACGAGUUGCAGAUGACCAGUGGCCAGUGCGAGGAGAGGUUCUUCGAGGCCAGCACACGUGCACGGGGGAUGAUCCCCGGGGAGCGCCUGCAGUGCGGGCUUUGCGGCUUCCAGGUCCGCAGCCACUCGGAAAUGCGGAGCCACCUGUCGCAGCACAAGGCUGGCGCGAGCUGGGCGGAGGAAGCAAUGUUGGUGAAGCCUCGGACAGAAUUGUGGGAAGCUGCGAAGCUGGAACUUCAAGGAGGUGCAGAAGGCCGGAAGCGGUUGAACGGAAGCUUCGGGGCCUGGCGGGAAGACGCGGGCGCCGCGAAGCACGGCGAAGCCUGUUGCCAAGUCCGGGCAGGUUGUGAGGAGUUCUUGCUUGCAGACGGCUCGGUGGCGCGGUUCAAGGACAUCCCAUUGCCCCCGGAGAUAGAUUUGGAUGUGCCGAUGAAGGCAAGCGCUGCAGAGAUGCUGCAGCGGCUGCGGGCCACGCGGCCCGGUUUGGCGGCAUACUUGGAGCCUGAAGGCGAUCCCGACCUGUCCGCAGCACUUCGCUACCAGGCGAUAUCUCCUGAAUCUCCCAGGACCCACUGCCGGGAACCUGGAGGCGAGCUGGCCUGCCGAUGUGGCUUUACUUGCGGCACGCAGGCGCAGUCGCGAGGUAAGUUGAAGCCUGCAGUGGUCGCCUUUGCGACUGAUGCCUGUGUGCAAUGCCAAUGCUCAUUUGCUGCCCAGCUCACCAAGAUGUUGAGCAAGGGAGUGCCAGUCACGGCUUGGACUUGCCCUUCGGUGCGCGGAGAGAGCAGCGAGCAGAGUGUAGAUCUGGGGUGUUUGGUCAGCCAAUACCAGGCGGCGGAGGGCAAGGCCGUGCCGCCCAACUUAGUGCGGGAGGCGAAAGCUGUGGGCUCUGAAAGGAGUCCUGGCCGGAUCGAUGGCCUUCUGGAAGCCAGCGAGUGGAGGGCGGCCAAGGAGGCCUAUGGGCCUUGGCAUUUGAAGAGCCUCCGAGCUGCUUUGCGCUUGGGGGAGCUGCUCGAGGCGCCGCGGGCUGAAGCGCUGCUGCGGCAUGCGGCUGCAGGGUUGGAGGCCACUCUUGGACUUCAUGUCGAUACGCUGAGGGCCACCAAUUAG